CUACUGGAGCCAGAUAUUCCGGAAAUAAAAAUAAAAAUUGCACGAAUAGAUAAAUGAAUAAUCAAUUCACAGAACAGAAAUUAUAACCAAGAAAAAAAGCGAUAAUAGUAGGGGUAAAAAGAUUUGAAAUAAAAAUAAAAGAUAAUUAAGGAUGAUCAAUACAUUUGUUCUAUAAUAAAGUGAAACACAAUAAUGGACUUUGAUUUCAAGUACACGCAACAACCUCUCAGCGGCCUUCGAUCUCAAUUGAUGCGUUGGAUUUAUCAUUUUAGACCUAAAGAAACUCACUCGGUUACUAUUUAUCUAAUCUAAUCGUACAUCAACAUUCUCAAAUGAUUUAUUCGGAAUCAACCAUCUCAGCUAAGCGCCCACACCACCGAAAAAAUCGUUGACCGCCGGAUUAUUCCCAACUAACAAAGAAUCGACAACAAUAAACAAUAGAGACAUGGAAGUUUUGAUGAACGAAGCCGCAAAUGUACCGCAAACUUCCCCCGAUAGAACGGAUUCACAAUCAAGAUUCGAUAAUUCCAACCCGGAUAAUUGCUUCGGCAAUGAGGAGUCUUCUUUACGGAAGACGAUUAAAGAACACCAGUCGGCUGACAUUUCUUUUGAAAACCUUCGCUACAAGGUUUCAAUUGGAUUCCGUCAGGGAACGAAAGAAAUUCUUCAUGGAAUAAACGGAAGAUUGCCGGCAAAACAACUUAUCGCUAUCAUGGGUCCAUCCGGAGCUGGAAAAUCUACAUUGCUUGACAUCCUUUCCGGUUAUAGAUUAACUGGGAUUCAAGGAACUAUUAAAGUUAAUGGCGACAUACGUGAUCUCGAUACAUUCAGAAGAACUAGUGCCUAUAUUACUCAAGAUGAUCGCCUCCAACCUUUACUAACUGUGUUGGAAAACAUGUGGGUGGCUGCCGAUUUGAAAUUAGGAACUAAUAUUACCAAGGAGACUAAACUGUCAAUUAUUGAAGAAAUAUUACUUACUCUGGGAUUAAGCGAUCAUCUUAAUACUAGAUCGGAUAGGUUGAGCGGUGGCCAGAAGAAAAGACUGUCGAUAGCAUUGGAAUUAGUCAAUGACCCUACUGUGAUGUUUUUAGAUGAACCUACUACAGGAUUAGAUAGUUCAACAUGUAUGCAAGUAGUUAAUUUACUGAAAUUACUAGCCAGGCAAAAUCGAACGAUCGUUUGCACGAUUCAUCAACCGAGCGCUUCGCUAUUCCAGCUUUUUGACCACGUACUAAUACUAGCCAAAGGUACAUGCUUGUACCAAGGAGCAACAGGUCAAUUAAUUCCAUUUCUGGAGAGCGUUAAGCUUCCAUGUCCAAUGUAUCAUAAUCCGGCAGAUUACGUGAUUGAAUUAGCUUGCGGUGAAUACGGUGAUGAUAAAAUUGAAACUCUGGUGAAUGCAAACCAAAACGGGAAGAAUGCUCAGUGGUUUAGCAACACCAUCCCCGCGAUUGAAGAGCUAAAAAAGGAUAAAGCUAAUGGAAUCAAGCGUGGAUAUAUUUUUAAGAAGAAAUCUUUGCAAGCUACUUCGCAGCUUCAUCAACUGAAAGUUCUUCUCUAUCGCGGAUAUAUCAAGUGUAAGCGUGACUCGACUUUGACGCAUUUGCGUAUCAUCGUAAAUAUCUUCACCGGAAUAAUGCUCGGUACACUAUUUAUACAAGCCGGUAACGAAGGGUCUAGAGUAUUGGAAAACUAUAAUCUUCUUUUCGCUAUUUUGAUGCAUCAUAUGAUGACUUCCAUGAUGUUGACUAUUCUUACUUUUCCCGCGGAGCUCAACAUAUUGAAGAAAGAACAUUUCAACCGAUGGUACACUUUAAAAAUGUUCUAUUUGUCAAUAACAAUAAUAGACAUUCCAGUAACAUUUAUAUGCUGCUUAUUAUUCUCUGUGAUUAUUUAUUUAAUGUCUGGGCAGUUAUUGGAAUUCCAAAGGUUUAGCAUGUUCUUUACGAUAAGUCUGAUGGUUGUUUUUGUUGCUCAAAGCUUCGGUCUAAUGAUCGGAGCUGUUUUUAAUGUUGUUAAUGGAACAUUUGCUGGGCCAACAUUGUCGGUACCGAUGAUGAUGUUCGCCGGGUUUGGAGUGACUUUGCGCGACCUACCAUCUUAUUUAAAAUGGGGUACUUACGUAAGUUAUUUACGGUACGGUCUUGAAGGCUACAUUGCUGCAAUAUAUGGCCAAAAUCGAAAAGAUCUUGAAUGCGUUGAAGUUUACUGCCACUACAAAAAACCUAAAACCUUUUUAAAGGACAUCGCAAUGCGAGAUGAUCAAUUUUGGAACGACGUUAUUGCUCUCUUAGCAAUGCUCAUUAUCACUCGAACUUUCGCUUACUACCUUCUCAGAUGGAAAUUAAUAUCUUCUCGAUAGUUAAUUACAUUUAAUAUUUAUUUUAAGUUAAUUAAUUGUUAAUCAAAAAAGAAAUUGAUUACCUCAAUUUAAAUCACCAGUUAAAAAAAAAAAAAAAAAAAAACUCGUGAGAAAGAUACUCAUAAAUAACUAUAUGAAAAAUAAUGAUUUA